GGCCCAGCCCUAAAAAUCUCCGGGUCGGGUACGAAAAAUCCAAGUCUCUGCGGCGGCCUUCUCUCUCCCAAAAUCGCAGGUUUGUGUUCGAUCUCGGAGCUCAGACAACUCGAAUGACCUAAUUCUCACCGUGGGAUUCUUAUUCACUCUAAAAAUCUACUCUCUUUUCCGGUGAAUUCAUCUCUGCAACCCUAAUUUCGUGGGAAUUCUGCAGUCUCAAAGUUUGCACACUCUCUGAAUCGAUCGAACAAAGGUUCCGUCGUGAAAUUAGGGUUUCUCAGGCUUUUAUAGGUGGAGGUUAUUCUUACAGUGUGAUUUGAAGUAGAGAAGUAAAGAAAGGCGUCAAAUUUAGGUUUUUUUUUUUAAAAGUACAUGUAUGGCUUCGGAGCCUGUUAACGGAGAAGGAACAGGUGGAGGAAGAGAGAAGCAGAGCAUUAGAGUUUACACUAGGAAGGGAAAAGGUCAGAGGAAACAGUCACCGUUCUUUGCCUUCGCCACCAGUAAAGAGGAAAAACCAGAAGGGAUUCUAGAAAAUGAGAAAGAAAACAAUCAUGUGAAUCCUCCUGAAGAGGUUGCUCUUGAGACAAAGUCCCAGGAAGACGUUGAGGAUAGUGUAGCUAAAGACUCAACUAAAGCACCUUCUGAAGAAGUGAUUGAUAAGCCUCUCGUGGAAGCGUUUUCUCAAGCUGAACCUCAUGAUGAUGGUGAUGUCAGUUUGGCCGCUACUGAUAAGAGCGUUAUUCAAUCUGUACCAGUUCCUUUCGUUCAGGAUGAUGCGAACACUGUUGUAGGCGAGAAUCUUGUGGAAGUACCCUCUCAAAGCUACAAAACUCAAGAUGAUGUCAAUACAGUGGCUGUCGAUGAGAACUCUAUAAAAGAACCUCUUGAAGGAGAUGUUACUACCGUGGUUGUUGACAAGAAGGCUAUUGAAGCACCUUCUCAAACUCCAUCCGUGGAAGAUAUCAGUACUGUUGUUGUUGACAAGAAUCCUAUUGAAGUGUCUUCUGAGGAGCAUGUCCACGUGGUAGAUGGAGUAAAAGAAGCUCAUCCUGAAAACCUUCCGGAAAGAGAUGGCCCUGAUGCCCAACAGUCAGCAAGGCUUACCUCUGAUUCUGCUGGUGAAAGUAUGCCAAUGGAGGAGGCCGUAGAUGGACGGAUAAAGAUACAUGUAGCCUCCAAAUCGAAGCAACAGAAAGAGGAGAUUAGGAAGAAGCUUGAAGAUCAGCUUAACGUGGUCAGAGGUCUGGUAAAAAAGAUAGAGGAUAAAGAGGGCGAGAUUGGUGCAUAUAACGGCUCUCGUGUUUUGGCUAACACUGGUAUUAAUAACGGAGGAGGAAGGAUUCUCUCAGGUUUUGCUUCAGCUGGACUUCCUCGUGAGGUCAUCAGAACACCAAGGCCUUUAAAUCAACUAAGUAUAUCCGUGUUGGAGAAUACUCAGGGGUUCAAUGAGCAUGUGGAGAAAGAGAAACGAACACCUAAGGCAAAUCAGUUUUAUAGAAAUUCGGAGUUUUUACUUGGUGACAAGUUGCCACCCACAGAGAGUUACAAGAAAUCAAAAUCAAGUGCAAAGAAGCACGGAGGGGAGGUUGGUCAUGGUUUUCGUGCAGGCUCUAAAGUCUUCAAGAAUUGCAGUGCUCUACUUGAAAGGCUGAUGAAGCAUAAGCAUGGUUGGGUGUUCAAUGCUCCUGUAGAUGUGAAGGCUCUAGGUUUGCUUGAUUACUUUACCAUUAUCGAGCACCCGAUGGAUUUGGGAACUGUCAAGUCUGCAUUAACAAGAAAUGUGUACAAGUCACCAAGAGAAUUUGCCGAGGAUGUUAGACUUACUUUCCACAAUGCCAUGACUUACAAUCCACCGGGACAGGAUGUCCAUAUCAUGGCGCAAGUGCUAUUACAGAUGUUUGAGGAGAGAUGGGCUAUCAUUGAGGCAGACUAUAAUCGUCAAAUGAGAUUUGUCACUGAUUAUGAGAUGAAUCUUCCAGCUUCUACAAUGAGGUCUAGACUUGGUCCUACGAUGCCACCACCACCUAUUAAUGUGAGGAAUACAAUUGAUAGAGCAGACUGGAGUAGUCAUCAUCCUGACUUGCAGCAUCCAAAACCAACAACAACGCCUGGCAGAACACCGACCAGCACAACACCGUCUGGAAGAACACCUGCUCCGAAGAAGCCAAAGGCAAACGAACCAAAUAAAAGAGAUAUGACGUAUGAAGAGAAGCAGAAGCUUAGUGGCCAUCUGCAGAAUUUGCCUCCAGAAAAACUAGAUGCAAUUGUACAAAUCGUGAACAAGAGGAACACUACUGUGAAGCUACGGGAUGAAGAAAUUGAAGUCGAUAUAGAUAGUGUUGAUCCGGAGACCCUGUGGGAGUUGGACAGAUUUGUAAUCAACUACAAAAAGGGUUUGAGCAAGAAAAAGAGAAAAGCUGAGCUAGCUAAUCAAGCUAGAGCAGAGGCCGAGAGGAAUGGCCAACAGCAGAUGGCUCAAGCACCAGUGGCACAUGAGUUUUCUAGGGAGGGUGGCAACACUGCUAAAAAGACACUUCCUACACCAUUACCUUCUCAAGUGGAGAAGCAAAACAAUGAGACAAGCAGAUCAAGUAGUUCAAGCAGCUCUUCCAGUAGUUCCAGCUCUUCUAGUGAUUCGGACAGCGAUAGCUCUUCGUCAUCUGGAUCAGAUCAGACUUAA